ACUGAGAGAGGCCAGGGACAGAAUCUGCAUCCUCAUGAAUGCUAGUCAGAUUCGUGUCUGCUGAGCCACAACGGGAACUCCUGCUCCUUUAUUUUCAGUUAGGGGAGUUCUCUGGAAAUCUAAGUGAGGCAGAGCCCUCCAGAUGUCUUCAUUGUCUUUACACAUACCGCUGUAUGUAGGGCAUUUCUUCAGUCAUAUCAUUAACACUGAUGACUUUGAAGUUAUUUAUCUUGCAUAUAGAAUACAGGGAAAUUGCUAUCUGAUUGUCUUCUAUGUAACAACCGAUAAUAAGUUUGGGAUAGGCUGACAAAGCAAAAGCUAUGCUGAGUGGAGAAGGCUAGGCAUUCAUUUGUCAGAGCAGUUGAAAGAUUUGCUUUGCAGGAACCUGCUUUUCCCCUGUAGAUUUGGGCCACUGAGCAGUUCCAAGUACAGAGGGAAUGUCUUUAUUUAAAGAUGAUUAAUUAUCUCUAGGCUCAAGAAAGAGGUCAUCUCGUUAAAGGGGUUCUAAACCUCAGGCCUGUUUAUGGUUAAGUCUCUCUGAAGUGAGGUUGCAUUGGGCCAGAGCAAUAUUUGGUUUUAUUUUAAGGUACUUUAAAGCUUUUCCAGUCUAAGCAUUUCUCAGCUUCAUUGAUUCAUGUUAUCUGCCUGCUCGUUGAAGGCAUUUGAGCUGUCAUCUCUGAAAUAGGGGCUGCCAUUUGCUGUGCUUUCAUUGUGUGCUAAACAUGUUACAUACAGAUUAUCCUCAAAAUAGAAUUGUGUUAGGUAUUAGCAUCUUCUGUUUACAAGCACGUAAACUUGAGACUCAAAAGGAAGAACUUGCUUGCCCAAGGAAAGAUAACUUAUAAACACCACUAGGAAUGGCUGACGACUAAACUCCAGGCUUAAUGGGUCUUGGUUUGCUUGUGACAUCUGGGUCCACUGCCUUCUCAUGUUAGUUUAUCAAGAGCUACUCCAUUCCAUGACUUGGGUUUAUUCUUUCAUGUGAACAACCCAGACACCCGACCUAUUUCAUCAGAGAUAUCGUCAUUAUCAAACCUUAAGAGACUGAGAGUGUCAUGAUCUUGCCUGCCCUGAAGUGCUCCCCCUGCAUUCAUUACCGGACCCACAAUUUCCAGGCCAUUGGCCAAUUCAGUGUGUCCCUAAUGUCUCCUUAAUUAUUACUACAGGAACUUGUUCAGUGCAGAGAAGACCCGGGGAAGGGAGCUCUCAUAGAAUAUCUUCAAAGAGUUGAAAAUCCAAGAGAGAGUCCACAUAUGUCUGUGGUUUUGAAGGGCAAAGUCUGGCAGAAUCAACCUGAUAGAAAAGUUCCAACUUAUCCAACUUAUUGAUGGCGUGGAUUUGGCCAUCAAGCCUAUGGCCAAAUCCAUGCCAGGGGCACCUUCUCCCCCAGACACCCAACCCCUAGGUUUCCACCUGCCUGAGCUCUCGGCAGCACAAGUCCCUAUUCCGUCCUCAGAGCCGCAGUGGCUACAGCCGCGUUGAGCCCCAGAGGCACCUGUGCCGCUUCUGCGACGCUUCUGGCAGUUGCAGCCCGCCCACCGCCGUCUCCUGGCAACGGCAGACGCGGAGCCUGGGUCGCUGAGCCAGCUCUUGGCUCAGAGCUCAGCCCCUGCCUGGGUCUGCGUCUGCCAUGGCCACUAAACAAACCAGAAAGAAAGAGGUGCAUCGUAUCAAUUCGGCGCACGGAUCGGAUAAAUCUAAAGAUCAGUACCCCUUUAGCAGUAAUCUACAACCCAGUGAACAGAAGAAGGGGAGAUUUCCAAUCUGGCCAGAAUGGAGCGAAGCUGACAUAAAUGCCGAAAAAUGGGACGCAGGCAAAGGUGGGAAAGAAAAGGACAAAACAGGGAAAAGUCCUGUACUUCAUUGUUUUGAAGACCCUGAAGGAAAGAUUGAAUUCCCACCAUCACUGAAAAUUUAUUCCUGGAAACGUCCACAGGAUUUUUUAAUUAACAGGCCUCCAGUCGUUGUGAAAAAUGAAACCCUGUUUGACUUGUUUUCAGCAAAUGAGCAUUUACUCUGCAGUGAGCUGAUGAGAUGGAUUAUCAGCGAAAUCUACGCCGUGUGGAAGAUAUUCAAUGGGAGUGCUUUGACUAAUUAUCUUAAAGGGACUUCAGGAGAACCUCCUGUUUUGGCCUGGAAGCCCUGGGAACACAUAUACUCUCUUUGCAAGGCUGUGAAGGGUCACACGCCCUUGUUCAAUAGCUAUGGAAAGUACGUUGUGAAACUUUACUGGAUGGGUUGCUGGAGAAAGAUAACUAUUGAUGACUUUCUGCCUUUUGAUGAAGAAAAUAAUCUGUUGCUUCCAGCUACCACCUAUGAAUUUGAACUUUGGCCAAUGCUUUUGUCUAAAGCUAUCAUUAAGCUGGCAAAUGUUGACAUCCAUGUCGCAGAGAGGAGAGAGCUGGGAGAGUUCACAGUGAUUCACGCACUCACAGGAUGGUUACCAGAAGUCAUUUCUCUCCACCCAAGAUAUAUGGACAAAGUUUGGGAGCUCUUGAAAGAAAUAUUGCCUGAGUUUAAGCUGUCAAAUGAGUCCAACUCUGAAAGCAAAAUAGCAGAGAUAGAUGCCAAAUUAAAAGAACAAGGGAAAGACAUGAAGGAUGUGAAAAAUGGCAAAGAAGUGAAAGAUGGCAAGGAAUUCAAACCUGAAGGUUCAGCAACAACAUUAAAAUUUCCUGAGAAAAGUGACAAAGUUUUAAAGGAGAAAGCAGAUGCAAAAGACCUUGGGAAGAAGAAGAGUAAAGAUGGAGAGAAGGAAAGGGAAAAGGACAAAUUCAAAUGGUCACUCCAUGGUUCCAGACCCUCAUCAGAUGUACAGUACUCUCUACAGUCUUUGUCAGAGUGUUCUUCAGCAAUACAGUCUCCUCAGAUGGUUGUAUAUGCUACCUUUACACCUCUCUAUUUGUUUGAAAAGAAGAUCUUUUUAUUAGAAAAGAUGGCUAGUUCUGCUGAGAAGCUUAGAGAAUAUGGACUUUCCCACAUCUGCAGCCAUCCCGUGCUGGUGACAAGAACUAGGUCUUGCCCUCUUAUAGCACCGCCAAAACCACCUCCUGUACCGUCCUGGAAACUCUUUCGUCAAAAAAAGGAAACUGUUAUAACAGAUGAAGCGCAAGAAGUAGUAAUAAAGAAGCCUGAACAGUUCCUUGAGAUUUCAAGUCCGUUUUUAAACUAUAGAAUGCCUCCAUUUACAAUUCCAACAGAAACUCAUUUUGUGCAAUCUUUUAUUAAGAAAGGUGUACUCCCAGGAUCUGGCUUAUCUUCCAUUACUGAAAAUGAUGAAACUGCAGUCUAUAGCCAGAUAGACUUAGGUCAAUUGACAAGAAAUAUCUCUCAGGGUAAUAUUGCUUCACAAGCUGUGCUUGGAAAAGAUGAACUAAUGGACUUUGGAUUGAAUGACAUAGCUCAUCCAGCUGAGGGAGUCAGCUUAGAACGAGAUUUGUUCAGCCAGACAACAGCAACACAGGAAAAAUCUCAGGAAGAACUUGCAACAAUAGAUAACGGUGUUUCUAAAGAAAUAUGGCUGGAUUUUGAAGACUUCUGUGUGUGCUUUCAGAACAUAUAUAUUUUCCACAAGCCAAGUUCAUAUUGCCUUAACUUUCAAAAAACAGAAUUCAAGUUCUCAGAUGAACGUGUGUCAUACUAUCUGUUUGUGGACAGUCUAAAACCUAUUGAACUACUGGUUUGCUUUUCCGCAUUGGUUCGCUGGGGAGAAUCUGGAGCUUUAACAAAAAACAGCCCUCCCACAGAGCCUGGACUACUCAUUGCUGAGACAGUUUCUUGGAAAUCUGUGAGUCCACGAGAUCCUGUUGCAAAGAUUCACACAUAUGCUACCAAGGCUACAGUGGUUCGCCUGCCUAUUGGGCGACACAUGCUGCUCUUCACCGCGUACGCCCCCGUGGGCCAUUCCAUACACAUCUGCAGCAUGGUGACCUUCGUCGUCGGGGACGAAGACGUUGUGCUACCCAACUUUGAACCGGAGAGCUAUCGAUUUACAGAGCAGUCUUUAACCAUUUUGAAGGCUGUUGGGCACGUGAUUGCUAAUUUCAAAUAUAAGGGUAAACUUCCUGCAGCCCUGAAGCAUCUACAAGCAGCUCACUACCCUAUCCCUCUCCAGGAUAAAGAACUAACUGCGCAGCACUUCAGGGUUUUUCAUAAUUCUUUAUGGCGUUUAAUGAAAAAAGUUCAAAUAGCAAAACCUCCCCCCAACCUCAAAUUUGCCUUCCGGGCUUUGGUUUUGGACUUGGACUCACUUGAUUCUUCUUUGGAAGAGGCUUCUUUAGCGGAAUGGGUAGAUGUUAAAAAUAAUGUGCCAGCGAGUGAUAAAGAGUAUUCUCCUGAGGAAAUAGCAGCAGCAAUUAAAAUUCAAGCCAUGUGGAGAGGGACCUAUGUCAGACUGCUUAUGAAAGCGAGAACACCAGACACACAGGAAAAUACUAGUGUGGCAGAGACUCUUCAAAAACUUUGGGCCGUACUGGAACAGAAUAUAGAACAGUAUGCAAUUUCUCUCUUAAGACUAAUGUUUAAGAGCAAGUGCAAGUCUAUGGAAUCUUAUCCAUGCUAUCAAGAUGAAGAAACUAAGGUUGCAUUUGCUGACUAUAUUGUGACUUAUUCAGACCAGCCACCAAAUACUUGGUUUAUAGUAUUCAGAGAAACAUUUUUGGUUCCUCAAGAUAUGAUUUUGGUUCCCAAAAUAUAUACUACACUUCCAGUCUGUAUGCUCCAUGUUGUUAACAAUGACACAAUGGAACGAGUGCCAAAGUUGUUCCAAAAAGUGGUGCCUUAUCUUUAUACCAAGAAUAAGAAAGGAUACACAUUCGUGGCUGAAGCAUACACUAGUGACUUGUAUGUGUCAUCUGCACGGUGGAAACUGCGCCUCAUUGGUUCUUAUCACCCACUCCCAUGCCUGUCUCGAGACCCUCCAUGUAAUACCUUUGCCAUAAAGGAAAUCAGAGACUACUACAUACCCAAUGAUAAGAAACUUGUAUUCAGGUACUCAAUUAAAGUUGCACUACCACAUCCUGUUACAAUACAGGUACGUGUAUCUAAACCAGAUGCAUUUAUCAAGCUACAGAUCCUAGAAAAUGAAGAGGUUAUCGUGAGCUCCACUGGGAAGGGCCAAGCUAUAAUUCCGACAGUUAACUUCUUGGGGAAUGAGAAAGCCUUGAGCUCUCAGUCUAGUAAGCAAAUUCUGAGUCAUGCUUCAUUCAAGAGAGAGCAAGACUUUUACCUUAAGAAGAAAUCUGCCCAGGGAAGUCAGAAAUCCUAUAAAAGACCCGGAAGUGCAGUAGCAGACUCUGGUCAACCUAUUUUGGAUGAGGAAACCGUGUCUGUACCCAGUACAGAAGAAAAUGCCAGCACACCACAGCAGGUAUACAAGUAUAUUAUACAGUGUUUGGUGUUAUAUAACAGUUGGCCUCUCACUGAAAGUCAGCUGAUGUUUGUUCAAGCACUAAAAGACUUAGAGAAAAAUGAUAACAAAGCACAUGGAGAGAAACAUGAGGAAUUAAUUACCUUGGGAAGCCCUGAUUCCCACACUAUUAGUGAGGGACAAAAAUCUUCAGGGACUUCUAAAACAAGGAAAGGCAAAGAAAAGUCUUCUGAGAAAGAAAAGCUAGCCAAAGAAAAACAAGCACCUCGCUUUGAGCCUCAGAUGUCCAUUGCUCACUCUCAAGAAGACCCAAAUAAGCCCUUCUGGAUUUUGAGGUUGGUCACUGAACACAAUGAAGCAGAAUUUUUUGAAGUGAAAAAAGAUACCGAACGAGCAGAUGAAAUCCGAGCCAUGAAGCAAGCCUGGGAGAUGACGGAGCCAGGAAGAUCGAUCAAGGCUUCCCAGGCUCGUCUCCAUUAUCUCAGCCGGUUCAUUAAGAAAACGCCUGACACCGAGGGUGUGCUUAUGUCUGAGAGCCAAACCAAAGCAGGGGAAGAAGGGCCUCGUUCACGAUCGCCAACAAUUUUGGAAAUGUCUCCACAACUUAUUCGGAAAAAACUACAAUGUGUAGACUUAAGUCAAUAUAUACAGAAAACAGAUACUGAUAUUCUGCUGCAAACGGAUGAACUGAAUCAGCAGCAGGCAAUGCAAAAGGCAGAGGAGGUUCAUCAGUUUCGACAAUAUAGGUCCAGAAUCCUCAGCAUUCGAGACAUUGACCAAGAAGAAAGGUUGAAAAUAAAGGAUAAAGUUUUGGAGAUGUACGGGGAAAUGCAGGACUCCUUAGAUGAAGCCCGGCAAAAGAUCUUCAAUAUCCGGGAGGAGUACAGAAACAAGUUGCUGGAAGCGGAGCGCUUAAGGUUGGAGGAUCUGGCUGCAGAGGAAGCCGCCAGACGUGUGGAGCCAGAAAAGAAGGGCCCAGCUCCUAACUCAAAGAAAAAAAAUAAAGGAAAGAAGCAGUAACCUGGAGAGGCCCCAUACUUCUUUUUCUCUGAGGAAGAAGAAAAACUUAUUUUUAAUUAUCUAUGACUUUGCCUUUGAUAAAAAAAAAUUGUAUUAGGUCAAUUGAAAAUAGAUGUUUUCUCACCUUAGACAUAGUUUCUGAGUUUUAAUGUUAAUGAAUUAGUUUUUCCCAGGAAGCUAUUAUUUGAGUUAAAAUUUUUCUAAUGUCCAUAAAGGUAGCCUAAAAUUAUUCAGAAUGGAACAAAAUGUAUGUGUCUCACUCCGAAUUGCUUCUCUUUUAGUUAGUAUUAGAACAGGACCAUAAGGGGUCAAACAGGACUGCCUUUGAAAAGUUUAACAGCGAGAAAAAUAGCUAUUGUUCAUUUGUCCCUAAAGACUUUAAAAUGUUUUUAAAAUUGCUUCAAAAUCGUUAAACAGAUAGUUAACAGUCUGCAUCAGUAUAGAUUCAAGCAUGAAAAAGUAUGCUCAAAAUAAAAAAAUAUUUUUUUUAAAAAUUAAAUAAAAAUAUGCUGCAGA